UAAAAAACUACAAAAGGGUUGCUAUGGCAACAAAAUAAACAAGGCAUCUAGAUUGACAUAUGUGUUUACUUCAUAACUUUGUUAUUAUUAACGAAUUUAAACUUUGUAUUUUUGAAAGAAUCUUCUACCAACAUCAAGAAGCAAACUUCCCCAGGUCACUUUUUCUAGCCGACGAGAAAAAGCAAUUUGGUAAAUUCCUUAUUACUCUCAAACACACCGAGAACGCAAAAACACAAAAAUGGCUUUAAGAUCCGUAACCAGGCUUUUCUCUCGCCGUGCUUUAAGCACUACCACUGUUCGCGGUUAUUCCGACGAAAUGAGCUUCACUUUGGCCUCCGGCAACCAGGUGUUCUACGAUGCCAAAUCAGUUAAGCAAGUCGACGUGCCGUCUUUCUCCGGCAGUUUUGGUAUUUUACCCAAACAUGUACCCACUCUGGCUGUAUUGAAACCAGGAGUAGUUUCUGUUAUCGAAGAUAGUGGUAAUGUUAAAAAAAUAUUCGUUUCCAGUGGUACAGUCACAAUCAACGAAGAUUCGUCCGUACAAAUUUUGGCAGAAGAAGCCCAUCCUGUGGAAAGUUUGGACCGUUCUGCUGCCCAGGAGGUUUUAAGUAAAGCUCAGAGCUCUAUGUCGUCUGCCUCCACAGAACAAGCUCGUGCUGAAGCUGCCAUUGCUAUUGAAGUAGGUGAAGCUCUUGUCAAAGCUGUUGAAUAAAUUUCGUUAAAUUAAUAAAUUAAGAAAAAACCUAGUAAUAAAUAGAAUUUUAUUUACUCUCUUCAUUGUUUUAAUGCUAAUAAAAAUAUAAACAUUUAAUAAACAACACAGAUAUAAAUUUAUUUAAAAAAAUUAACAUCCUUCAACUCAGG